AGGGGAGGUGAGGUGGGGUGAGGGGAGAGGAGAGGAGAGCGAGAGGAGGAGGAGGAGGAGCAGCAGCAGCAGCUGCAGGGAGCAGCAGCAGCAGCAUCUACCUAGGCAAGGAAGGAAGGGCGAGAGAGCAGGGGGCAUGAGGAGUUUUAUCGGAGACCUCAUGGAGCGAGAGUUUGUUGAACGCAAACACAAGUGUGAGCUUGCUCUCCCUUGGUGCUGCCUGCGAGAGAGAGGAUAAAAUUGGACAGGGAUGAGCGAGAGGCAGCGAAGUCUUUCGGACUCGGACUGAAGAGGAGGAGGAGGAGGAGGAGGAGGACCGAGUACGAGGACGAGUAGAGAGGAGGGAGGAGGAGGGCAGGGAAGGAAGGAAGGAAGGAAGGAAGAGGACGGACGGAAGGAAGGAAGUGGAAGUAGUGGCAGCGGGCGAGGGGUUGGGUGCUGCCCAGAGCGGCGUCUUGAGGGAAGGGGAGAUCUCUCAUGGCGAGCAACCCCUCCGCUGCAGUAGCGCGGAGGGGUGGACAUUCUUUCGAAGGCGGAGGAGGAGCGAGGGCGCAGCCGGUGGAUCGUUCGCGGAUUACUGAAGAAGAUGACGAUGAGGAUGAACAACCCUUGUGCAUAAUUAGGUCCGUUAGGCGAGGGGAGGGCGGUGGUGCUGCAUCCGCGACAGCAGGUAGUAGGGGAUUAAGCAGUUCGGGAACUAGCAAUGGUGUGAAGAGUGGAGGGGGCCGAGUAGAGUCAGGGACGACUGGCAGAAAGGAAGAAGCAGAUAACGGGGCGGAGAAGAAGCGAGUUUUAGCAGACGCGAGGCCCGGGUCGAGCACAGGGGUCGGUGGUAAACCUCUUAUGAAAAAGGUGAAGGUGGACGCAGGAGGAGGUAUGAUUGAGGCCGCCAAGAAACGCGAGGCGGAUCCAGACGACGAAGACGAUGUUCCUCUCGUGCAGCGAAUGAAUAAUGUGAAGAAGGUCGUGUCGCCCAAUGCUCCCACGACCACCUCCACAUUGUUGGCCGCCAAGAAGUACAUGGACGCCCGGAAAAAGGCCAAGUCCGAGGGAGGCACGGGCACGCCGAAUCAACCUGUCAGUAAUGGAGCUUCGUCUGCUCUCGUGUCCAGCGCCACCCGCGCCACACCUCCCAAGGAAAGCCAUGAUAGGAUCGUCUCGCAAGGGUCCGGAAGUAAGGAUGAUAAACCGUUAGAACGCAGGCCAGUGGCGGCCAGGCCUCCAGCGAGGUCCUCCGUGGGCAAUUCGGUUCCAGAAUCCGAUGAUUCGGACGAUGACAAGCCGUUGAGCCACAGGAAAUCUUUGAAUGCCGUCAGCAGAGACCCGAAAACCGUUAUGAAGGAUGUGAAAGACAGUGGUGCGAAGAAGAGACCCGCAGUUCAGAGCCCUCCCUCUUCUGAUCGUACUGUAGUGAAGAAGCCGAAGGUCGAGCCCAGUGCACCAUCUUCGAAACCCGGUGCCAUUCAAUCGCCCAAAUCGGGUUCUUUGCAAUCUCCCAAAUCCAUGGUUAAGAAGGAGGCCAAUUCAUCUCAGAAACCGGCCCCUAAGCGAAUUCCUGACGAUGAUGACGACGACGAUGUUCCAUUGGCCCAACGUAUAUCUUCCGUGUCCAGCAAAUCUGCAGUGCCGAAGAAAGUCUCAGCGGCGACUGCGGACAGAGAUCUGGACGAUGAGGACGAUGACGACGUCCCUCUUGCGCAAAGAAUAGCCGCAUCUACCACUGCUUCCAAAUCAAAAGCACUUGCCGUGGUGAAGAAACCUUCAUCUAGUACAGGAAAGUCCAUUACGAAAAAGGUUUUGGACCAGCGGAGGAAAGGGAAGAAGACGACGAAAAUCACGAAGACCUCUAAAAGCUCCAAGACUACGACGAAAAAGACCUCAGGCAAGCAACCAAUUAGUGGUGGCACGGAGAAGUGGGAGACUUUAGAGCACAACGGAGUGAUUUUCCCUCCGCCUUAUCAACCUCAUGGCGUGAAGAUGUUGUAUAAGGGCAAACCCGUCGACCUCACACCAGAGCAGGAGGAGAUCGCGACCAUGUUCGCUGUCAUGAAGGACACAGAGUAUGCAACCAAAGCAAAGUUUAUUGAAAACUUUUGGAAUGACUGGAAACCUGUACUUGGAUCAAGACAUGUCAUUAAAGAUUUCGAGGGAUGCGAUUUUACUCCUAUUUACAAUUGGCACAUGGCUGAAAAGGAAAAGAAGAAGAGUAUGACUGCAGAGGAGAAGAAGAGGGUGAGAGAAGAGAAGCUGAAAGUCGAAGAGAAGUACAUGUGGGCGCUGGUGAACGGAGUGAAAGAGAAGGUGGGCAAUUUUAGAGUUGAACCCCCUGGUCUAUUUCGUGGACGCGGUGAACAUCCGAAGAUGGGUAAAUUGAAGACUAGAAUCUUCCCGGAACAUAUUGUUAUCAAUAUCGGCAAGAAUGCGCCAGUUCCUGAAUGCCCGAUGGCUGGUCACAAGUGGAAGGAAGUUCGACACGACAACACAGUCACCUGGUUGGCGUUUUGGAAUGAUCCCAUCAAUAACAAAGAGUUCAAGUAUGUCUUCCUUGCAGCCAGUAGUAGCUUAAAGGGACAAAGCGACAUGGAGAAGUAUGAGAAGGCCCGCAUGUUGAAGAGUUACAUUAAUAAUAUUCGAAGCACGUACACCAAACAAUUUUCUUCAUCGGAUAUGGCAAAAAGGCAAAUUGCUGUAGCAACAUAUCUCAUUGAUCGACUUGCCCUUCGUGCGGGAAAUGAAAAGGACGAAGACGAGGCGGAUACUGUCGGUUGUUGUUCUUUGAAAGUGGAACACGUUACGACUGUACCUCCCAAAUCUUUGCAGUUUGACUUUCUAGGUAAAGAUUCUAUCAGAUAUUUCAACACUGUGGAGGUAGACGAGCAAGUAUUUAAGGCUAUCAAGGAUUUCAAGAAAGGUAAAUCACAAGGUCAAGACCUUUUUGACAAACUUGACACUACAAAGUUGAAUUCUCAUCUAAAAGACAUCAUGCCGGGUCUUACUGCGAAGGUCUUCCGUACAUACAAUGCGUCUAUAACUUUGGAUAAUUUGCUGCAAGACACUGUCGGGAGUAAUGUCAUAGAAAAAACGGCCGAUUAUCAACGCGCUAAUAAGGAGGUCGCUAUUUUGUGUAAUCAUCAACGGAGUGUAUCAAAGUCACAUUCCACUCAAAUGGAAAAACUGGAGGCGAAGAUGCAAGAAGCAAAAGAUCUCCUUGCCGAUUUAAAGACCGAUCUGGAUAGGGUGCGGAAAGGGAGGCCGCCUUUGAAAGACGCGGAUGGGAAGAAGAGAAACCAAUCUCCUGAAACUUUGCAGAAGAAGAUAGCACAGACCGAACAAAGAAUAGAAAAGAUGGCUCUAGAUAUGAGUAUCAAAGAUGAUAUGAAAACAGUUGCGCUUGGAACGUCGAAGAUCAACUACAUGGACCCGCGUAUAACUGUGGCCUGGUGCAAAAGACAUGACGUGCCCAUUGAGAAGGUUUUCAAUAAGUCGUUGCUAGCAAAGUUUUCGUGGGCGAUGGAUGUGGAACCAGAUUACCGAUUUUGAGCGUGGCGCGAAUCACUUCAAUAGGAUUUCUUCCAUUGAUGAUGUGCCCAUAUUGGGAGCAUCCUGUACCAUGAAUAUGGCCACUCGAUGGAUGCCGGAACCGAAAGUAGAAGAGAUGCAGCAGAUACUUGUCACGACUAUGAGUCAGCAAUUUAGGCUGAAACAUCCAUCCCUUGCAAAGUGAGGAUGCGCUGCAUAAAGAUAUCAAGUGGUUUAGGUGACCUGGAAAACACAUCUGCCAGUGAGAUAACGUUCGGAUUACAGUUGGCUAGGCUGCAUGUUAUAUAGCAAAUGUUGAGGGGUGCUUGAUUUGCCAACUGGAAUACUCUUGGAAAAGUAAAAGAUGAUGAAGGUUAGCAUUGCUUGUCAUCGGUUGCUCCGAGAUGCGUUCUUUGAAUGCUGGUACUAGAUUGGUACUAGGUAGAUUGUGGCCCGCAAUCUGGCCCUAAUGUAAAGAAGAUUUGGCAUGUAACUUGAAUCUUGUAUGGCUCAUUUCAGACGCUGUUACAAGAUGUGCCGAAGUAGAAAGUUAGGAUAUCAUUUGUUUGGAUGUUAUCCUUGAUUCAAUAAGAUACCAGCACGUGAUAAAAGAUCAUCAUGAUGUUGUGUUUUCCCUUCUCGC